AUGUUAGAGUCCAUCCAAGAAUGUGAAUUUGGGAGGGGGCUGAGCCGGCGCUUCCGAGAUGCGAUGAUCCAAGCGGCGGGGCAGUCGGCGCCACCGGUGCAUCAGCCGGCGCUUCGACAUGCCUCCAAAUCUGCACUUAGCAGCUACAAGGGCCAUCUAAAGCCAUCUAAAGCCUUAAGCAUGCGCGACCGAGAGUCCAAGAAAGCUUUUUGCAUCGGUCCUCAGGACGUGCAGCUCAAGCAACUCGCGUGCAGCUUCGCAUCAAAGCCAGGCCUGUCGUUGCGGCCCAGUGCAAGACUCUGCACACCUCCAUUUCUGCUCAAUGGCCCUGCAGGGUCUGACAAUGUAGACCUACAGCUUGCAGGCCUUGCUACAGAGUUCGUUUCAGCAUGUUUCAGCGUGCUGAUGCCUGCUGCAGAUGAAGACAGUUGUAUCUGCAUUGCACUGUCGCACAUAGGUUCGGCCAUGCGCUCGGCCCGAGGUUUUUUUCAAGGCUUGAAAGGCUGCAAAGGGCUUUGA